AUGACGGGAGAAGGUGAUCGUGAGGGCAUUUACGACGGAUCCGUCGUUGUACCCAAUGCGUCCGAGGCGUCACCGUUGUUGGAACCAGACACGCCGAAGCCAGGUUAUGUCACACUUCCAGAGUCUCCUUGUGAUGAGAACUGGAAACCUUCCGAAGGCUUCUGGUGGAUCGAGACAGCGCUAUGGGCCAAUGUUCUCCUGUUAGGCUUUGACGGUACAGUCACGGCCUCAACAUAUGUGUUGAUCAGCUCUGACUUCGGUGCUGCCAACAAUGCAUCAUGGUUGACGACUUCGUACUUGAUCACGAGCACAGCUUUUCAGCCGCUCUAUGGCCGCUUUUCCGAUAUCUUCGGGAGACGUGUGUGCUUCUUGGUUUCCACCGAGACUUUUAUGGUCGGCUGUGUUGGCUGCGCAAUGGCACAGAGCAUGUUUGAACACUUGUUGAAGACUGACUUGGCAGCAACUGUUGUCAAUUCUGAUAUGAUCCCAUUGGGGCAGAGAGGCAUGUAUCAAGCCAUGCAAAACACUCUGGUAGGAUUCGGAGCAAUCUUGGGAGCUUCGCUCGGUGGAGUGAUUGCAGAGAGCAUUGGUUGGAGGUGGUGUUUCCUUCUGCAAGUCCCUGUGUCGUUGCUUGCUCUCAUCGUCGGGUAUCGUGUGCCGGAGAACCCUAUUGACACAAUCCUGGAGUUUGCACCGGAGCGCAAGGUUCGCUCCGCGUUGGAGUAUCUGGAUAUCUCGGGCGCCUUCAUCCUCGUGCUUGGGCUUAUGGCCCAGCUCGUAGGACUGAGCUUUGGUGGUAAUGUCUACCCGUGGAAGAGCCUUCCAGUCAUUGGUAGCUUGGCACUCAGUGGUGUUUUGUUGGUUUCGUUCCUGCUUGUGGAAGCUAAAACCAAAGCCAUUCCUGUGAUUCCGCUCCAGAUGCUGAAUGGAUGGCAACCCGUUGCAGUGCAGCUGACCAAUCUCUUCUCCGGCAUGGCCUCCUACGCUUAUAUGUUCAUGAUCCCAUUGUAUUUCCAAGCGGUUCGUGGCGACUCUCCAUCAACGUCUGGGGUUCGCCUCAUGAUUCCGUCUCUUGCAACGCCAAUUGGAGGUGUUCUCGCGGGGACGCUGAUGCGUCAGGGUUGUCGACUAUCACUCAAUGUUCGGAUGGGAACCGCAAUGAUGCUUUUGGGAAACGUGCUUGCAGUAACGAUGGGGACGCAUGGGUGUCGAUGGAAGGAAUUUGUAUAUCUAGUUCCGGCGAACCUAGGGUUGGGGCUGACAAACCCUAGUGUUCUCUUUAGCUUCAUUUCCUUCUUCCAGCACAGAGAACAAGCGGUCGCAACCUCGACUGUGUACUUGAUACGGUCAAUGGGCGCCAUCUAUGGUAUCACCGUCACGUCCGCCAUCAUCCAGAAUGUCCUCGUCGAACGACUGCCUGAAGCUCUAGGGUCGGCAGCCACUCCAGAGCUCAUCGAGAGGUUGAGACAGUCUAUCCUGGUGCUUCGGGAUCUCCCUCCAGAGCUGCAAACCGCAGUGAGAACGCUGUACUGCGACGCACUCAGGGUAGCCUUUGCAGCUUCGAGUAGCUUCGCAUUACUGUCAUUUAUUUUCUCAUGGGCAGCAAAGACAGGUAUGCUGAAAAGGAAGUCUCCAACCUGA